AUGAGUCAAUUGAUCAGGAAUACAUUGGUCAAAUUACCAGGACCAAUUGUUCCCCGGAGAUUCUAUGCUAGUAAACCAUAUGAAGUGUUCAAUAGAUCUGUCAAACUAACCCAAAGAGAUCAUAUGGCACAAUUAUCCAAAUCUGAAAAUGUCGAAUAUUUAAGAGAUCAAGCUGCUUUGAAAACAAUUGAGAGAUUGGCAUUCAUCAAGAGGAGAAUGCCCAAAGUACUAGAUCUUGGUUGUCAUUCCGGGAAUUUCGAAUUGGCAUUAUGUGAUAAAGCUGAAGAUGCAUCAUUAGAACAAGAUAGACAACUUGUACGAGAUAAAAUUGAUGAAAUUUUAAUGGUUGAUGGAAGUGACAAAAUGCUGCAUAGAUGGGAUGAUGAAGAUUAUAAUAGAGAAUUGAAAGUAAAUAAAAUUGUUGUUGAUGAGGAAAAAUUAAAUCAUCCACUUUUGAAGAAGAAUGAAUUUGAUGCUGUAAUAUCAAAUUUAUCAUUACAUUGGAUUAAUGAAUUACCACAAACUUUAGUGAAAAUUAAUAAUUUGUUAAAACCUGAUGGUCUUUUCCUUGCAAGUAUGAUUUGUGAAGAUUCUAUAUUUGAAUUAAGAACUUCAUUACAAUUAGCUGAAUUAGAACGUAAGAAUGGUAUAUCAAUGGGUCGUAUAUCACCAAUGAUUAAAGUUGAUGAUAUGACAAAUCUAUUAAAACAAGCAAAAUUUAAUAUGGUUACAAUUGAUGUGGAGGAAAUUAUUAUUAAUUAUCCAAAUAUUUUCACAAUAAUGGAGGAUUUACAAUUAAUGGGUGAAAAUAGUGCAAAUAAAAUUUCAAAUGAUAUUUUAAGUAAAGAAGUUUUAUUAAGUGCACAGGCAAUUUAUGAAAAAUUUCAUGGUGAAUAUGAUGAUGUAAGUGGUAAAACUUAUUUACCUUUAACUUUUAGAUUAAUGUUUAUGAUUGGUUGGAAAGAAAGUUCAAAUCAACCAAAACCUUUAGAAAGAGGUUCUGGUGACAUCAAUUUAAAAGAUAUUUUGCAAUAG